CGGCACCUCGCUUUCCCUCUUUGGCGUUUGAGCUGCACCAGCGCUCACUGUCACUUACUUUAGUUUUAUCUUUUUCGUGCCUAGCCGCGAAAGCUCCAUGUUUUCUUCGCCAACUGCGAAACCCUAGCUACUCUACUUUUUGAGCAGUUCCUGUUCCAUACUUGUCCAGAUCUAAGCUCCAUUCUGAGCUGCAUUUGGUGCUGGAUCGGGGGAGGAGUUUUUGCAUCCUGGGAGCGUUGCUGCAUUUCUGAGAUUUUGAGGUAUUUGUGGAGUUUUGGAGUUGUGUGGUGGAUUUUGGCUGAGUUGGCCUCUGUUUGGUUGCUGAGAAAACUGGGGGGAAGGAAGGGAAAGUAGAGUUUGGAGUCUUGGAGAAGGCGGCUCGGCUGAGUUGAGUAGUUGUGUUUGGCGCCGUUGGUGGUGAAAUUGUGGAGAUCUGAGAUUUGAAUUUUUGGCGUCUUUUCUUUUUUCAUUUUCCUGUAAUUUUCUUGGCAACCAAUCGGCGCAUUAGUGUGCAUUUGCUUAAUUUUUCUGAUUAUUCUUUAUUUGGGGCUGUAUCAGACAUUUUGCCGAUGAUUUACUAGAACCGGUCUUGUUUAGACCAAAAUGGAGGAUCCGGUGGUACAAUCCGGUGAAGGUCCUCCUGAGAAGCCUCAAGUAUCUGAACAAAAGCCCUCUGUGAGUUCAUCAGAAAGUGCAAAAAGGGUUUCAAGAACUGUAAAGCCUAGUGUUGCUGCGGCCUCGAAGGUCCUGGUGCCCACUGGUUCUAUUCGAAAGAAAAUGGAAUCAAAGAUCAACUCAGAUUCGAGUUCAGGCGUGGUGAAAUCUACUGUAACUGGGUCUGGGUCCGCUCGAAGUUCAAAUUCAGUUCCGUUGAGAAGAAAUAGCACUGGAGGCUUGCCCGAGAAGUCAUCAGUUUCUGUUACUAAGCGCCCAAGCAAUGUUAGCUCAGUUGCUAGCAAAAAGACUACGACAUUGGCUUCAGACCCAUUAAGACGUUCUCUUCCUGAAAUUAGAAGGAGUUCAUUACCUUCAGUGGUUACUAAAACGUCUCCCAGAGUGGGUGUUUCAGAGACUAGAAAGUCGGGGCCGGUUUCACCUCUUACUAGGAGUUUGAGGACAUCAACUGAGUCUGAUGUAAGGAAGCAAGAGACUGUCAAAAGGUCUUCAGUUAAAUCUGCAUCCUCAAUUUCCUCUUCUUCAAAAAGGGUCACUUCAUCAUUGGACAGCAGUGGCAGCAGCACAUUUAGGAAGGUGAGUUCUAAGCUUUCUUCUCCAUCAGCUCGAUCACCAGCUAUUUCUAGUGGGUCGAAAGUUGGUUCUCUAUCCUCAUCAAUGGACAGAAGUUCUAGUUUUUCUGGGAGGAGAAAAGCGGCAACUCCUGAAAGUCGGGAUUCUCGGUUCAUUGUUCUCCCACAGGUGGAGAUCAAAGCUGGUGACGAUGUGCGGUUGGACCUCAGGGGUCAUAGAGUUCGCAGUCUCAAUGCUAGUGGGUUGAAUUUGUCACCAAAUUUAGAGUUUGUUUAUCUUAGAGAUAAUCUCUUGUCUACAUUGGAAGGAGUUGAAAUAUUGAAGCGGGUUAAGGUUCUUGAUUUGAGCUUUAAUGACUUCAAAGGGCCUGGGUUUGAGCCACUUGAGAACUGCAAGGCCCUACAGCAACUGUAUCUUGCUGGAAAUCAAAUCACGUCACUUAUAAGCCUUCCUCUGCUUCCUAAUUUGGAGUUUCUCUCUGUUGCUCAAAAUAAGCUGAAGUCUCUUUCAAUGGCCAGCCAACCUCGACUACAGGUACUGGCUGCCAGCAAAAACAAAAUAUCAACUCUGAAGGGUUUCCCAUAUUUACCUGUACUUGAGCAUUUACGAGUGGAAGAGAACCCUAUACUUCAGAUGUCUCAUUUAGAAGCAGCUUCAAUUUUGCUUGUUGGCCCUACCUUGAAAAAGUUCAAUGACAGAGAUCUUUCUCGAGAGGAGGUAGCAAUUGCUAAGCAUUAUCCUGCACAUACCGCUUUAUGCAUCAGAGAUGGUUGGGAAUUUUGCCGUCCAGAGCAUGCAAUUGAUUCAACUUUUCGCUUUCUUGUUGAACAAUGGAAAGAUGAUUUGCCUCUGGGCUACCUGAUCAAGGAGACCUCUAUUGACCAACCAUUUGAAGAAGAUGCUUGUCAGUGCCACUUUAUUUUCGUUAAAGAUGGUACUUCGAGCAUUUGCUCAAAUUUAGUCUUGAAAUUCCAAUGGUUUAUAGGGGAGAGAAGUCUUUCAAAUUUCACAGCUAUUCCUGAGGCCAUUGAACAGGUAUAUUGGCCAAAGCAUGAGGACAUUGGCAAAAUUCUGAAAGUGGAAUGUACUCCUAUACUGGGAGAGAUCGAGCAUCGAUCUAUAUUUGCUAUCUCUUUACCUGUUUCACCAGGAACUGGGUGUCCAAAGGUUGUAAGCCUUGAUGUCCAUGGGGAACUAGUGGAAGGAAAUAUUAUCAAGGGCUAUGCUAAGGUUGCAUGGUGUGGUGGGACUCCAGGAAAAGGUGUUGCCAGUUGGUUAAGAAGAAGAUGGAACGGCAGUCCAGUGGCAAUAGUUGGAGCAGAAGAUGAGGAGUACCAAUUGACUAUAGAGGACAUUGAUUCGAGUUUGGUGUUCAUGUACACGCCUGUAACAGAGGAGGGUGUUAAAGGAGAAGCUCAAUAUAAACAUACAGAUUUUGUAAAAGCAGCACCUCCAUCAGUCAACAAUGUACGAAUUAUUGGAGUUCCUGUUGAGGGAAAUACCAUCAAAGGAGUUGGUGAUUACUUUGGAGGAAGGGAAGGUCCAAGCAAGUUUGAUUGGUUACGGGAGAAUUUGGAAGCUGGAGAUUUUGUUUUGGUGUCUAGUGGUACUGCUGAGUAUACUUUGACAAAAGAAGAUGUUGGACGACGUUUAGCUUUUGUAUAUGUACCUAUGAAUUUUGAGGGACAGGAAGGGGAAUCUGUAUCUGUUGUGUCUGAGACGAUAAAGCAAGCACCUCCAAAAGUAACAAAUGUGAAGAUAAUUGGCGAUGUAAGGGAGAAUAAUAAGGUUACUGUAACUGGUGUUGUCACUGGAGGAUCAGAGGGAUCUAGCAGAGUUCAAUGGUUUAAAACACACUCUUCAGUAUUGGAUGGUGAGAAUGGUCUUGAAGCAGUUAGUACUUCUAAAAUUGCAAAGGCAUUUCGCAUACCUCUAGGGGCUGUGGGUUAUUACAUUGUUGCCAAGUUUACUCCUAUGGCUGCAGAUGGUGAAUCUGGUGAACCUGCAUAUGUUAUUUCUGAGAAAGCAGUUGAAACUCUUCCCCCAAGCCUUAAUUUCUUGUCUAUUACUGGUGACUACAUUGAAGAUGGGAUACUAACAGCAUCAUAUGGCUACAUAGGGGGUCAUGAAGGAAAAAGUAUAUACAAUUGGUAUCUUCAUGAGGUUGAAAGUGACUUUGGUACUUUAAUACCAGAGGUUUCAGGGUUUCUACAGUAUCGCAUCUCCAAAGAUGCAAUUGGUAAAUUUGUUUCCUUCCAGUGUACCCCAAUGCGUGAUGAUGGGAUUGUUGGUGAGCCAAGAACUUGCUUGGGACAAGAACGAGUUCGUCCUGGAAGCCCAAGAUUGCUCUCUCUACAAAUUGUUGGAACUGCGGUUGAAGGAACUUCACUUAGUGUGGACAAAAAAUACUGGGGUGGCGAAGAGGGAAAUUCAGUUUUUCGUUGGUUUCGGAUGAGUUCAGAUGGCACACAGAUUGAAGUUAAUGAUGCCAGUACUGCAUCAUACAAACUAUCAGUUGAUGACAUUGGGUUCUUUGUUUCAGUUUCAUGUGAGCCUGUCAGAAGGGAUUGGGCACGUGGACCCAUUGUUCUUUCUGAACAAAUUGGUCCAAUAAUAGCUGGCCCACCAACUUGUCCAUCUCUUGAAUUUCUUGGAUCUAUGAUGGAAGGACAAAGCUUGAGCUUUGUUGCAUCUUAUAGUGGAGGGGAGAAAGGAAAUUGUUUCCAUGAAUGGUUUAGGUUGAAGAGUAAUGGUUCCAAGGAGAAACUAAAGGCAGAUGCAGAGUUUCUGAAUUUGACCAUCGAGGAUGUGGGAAAAGUUAUUGAACUUGUUUACACUCCAGUCCGGAACGAUGGAAUUAGGGGGAAUCCUAGGAGUGUAAUAUCUGAAGUGAUUGCUCCUGGGGAGCCUACAGGUUUGGAGCUUAUAAUUCCUGAUUGCUGUGAGGAUAAGGAUGUGGUUCCACAAAAGACAUACUUUGGUGGACAGGAGGGUGUUGGAGAGUAUAUUUGGUACCGAACAAAGAAUAAGCUGGACAGCUCUUCUCUCAUGGAUAUAUCUGAUACUUGUGAUGGUGUUGUUACGUGUGGAAAAACAUUAACCUAUACUCCAUCCUUGGAAGAUGUGGGGGCUUAUAUGGCUUUAUAUUGGUUGCCCACUCGAGCAGAUGGCAAAUGUGGAAAACCAUUAGUCUCAAUUUGUAAUUCUCCAGUUAACCCAGCUCUCCCAAUAGUUUCUAAUGUUCGAGUGAAGAAGUUGUCUUCGGUUAUCUACUGUGGAGAAGGAGAAUAUUUUGGUGGGUAUGAGGGAUCAAGCCUGUUUAGCUGGUAUAGAGAAACUACUGAUGGAACUAUCAUUCUUAUUAAUGGAGCUAACUCUAGCACUUAUGAAGUCACAGAUUCCGAUUAUAAUUGCCGUUUAUUGUUCGGGUAUACUCCAGUUCGCUCAGAUUCUAUUGUUGGAGAGCUGAGAUUAUCUGAGCCGACUGAGAUUAUUUUCCCAGAGCUUCCAAAAGUUGAGAUGCUUGCUCUCACGGGAAAGGCAAUGGAAGGAGAUAUCCUCACAGCCGUUGAAGUGAUUCCAGAGACUGAGACUCAACAGCAUGUGUGGAGCAAGUACAAGAAAGAUGUUAAAUACCAGUGGUUCUGUUCGACAGAAAUGGGAGAUAACAAGUCCUUUGAGCCAUUACCUUUGCAGCGUUCCUGCUCAUAUAAGGUCCGGUUGGAGGACAUUGGUUGCUGUUUGAGAUGUGAAUGCAUUGUCACUGAUGUUUUCGGAAGGUCAAGUGACCUGGCAUAUGCUGAAAGUGCUCCUGUUUCUCCAGGGAUUCCUAGAAUAGACAAAUUGGAGAUUGAGGGAAGGGGUUUCCAUACCAAUUUAUAUGCUGUUCGUGGCAUUUAUAGUGGGGGGAAGGAAGGCAAAAGUAGAAUUCAGUGGCUUAGAUCGAUGGUCGGAAGUCCUGAUCUCAUAUCUAUACCUGGGGAAAUUGGAAGGAUGUAUGAAGCUAAUGUUGAUGAUGUGGGCUACAGGCUGGUCGCAAUUUAUACUCCUAUAAGAGAGGAUGGAGUGGAGGGUCAACCUGUUUCUGCGUCAACGGAUCCAAUUGCAGUUGAACCUGAUGUUUUUAAAGAAGUGAAGCAGAAGCUUGAUCUUGGAUCAGUGAAGUUUGAGGCACUGUGUGACAAGGACCGAUCUCCAAAAAAGGCUCCAGGAGUAGGGAGUUUUGAGAGAAGGAUUCUAGAAGUUAAUAGAAAGAGAGUCAAGGUUGUGAAGCCUGGUUCUAAAACUUCUUUUCCAACUACUGAAAUUCGUGGAAGCUAUGCUCCUCCUUUUCAUGUGGAGCUUUUUCGAAAUGAUCAGCAUCGGCUUAGAAUUGUGGUGGACAGUGAGAAUGAAGUAGAUUUGAUGGUGCAUUCCCGGCACUUGCGAGAUGUCAUUGUGCUUGUGAUUCGAGGCCUUGCUCAACGGUUCAAUAGUACAUCCCUCAAUUCACUCCUCAAGAUUGAGACAUAACUUAUAAUGAAGGUAUAUGUAAAGUCCAUUCACAAUGAAAAGUAGACAUAUCUAGGAUUUUGGGGGUUAUGUUACCAUUAUUGCCCUCAAUAUUAUUUUUAUUUUUGUUUAAAAAAAGGAAGUCAUUUUAGUAUUGGCCAAGUAUUGCGGGUAUUGUGUUUGGGUUUUUGUUGUGUGAUAUAUAUGUUUGUGCAGCAGCUGUAGGGACUGGGGAUGCCAGUUACUGUAUAUUAAUGUAUCAGAGAGUAGUAAUUUCAUACUCAAUACAUUAGAAACAUUGGCGUUUCGGUAUA